AUGCCUGAGCCUGAGCCUGAGCCUGAGCAGCAGGGCUCUCCUGGUCCGUCCCCGCCCACGCCCACGCCCACGCACACUACGCACACGUUUGACGUGCCAUACCGGGCGGGCACGUCCUUCACGCCGACGAGCGCGGACGCUGAGCCGCGCGCACCCGCGCACAUUGAGCCCAUACCGCGCAUCGCCCUGGGCGACGGUUCCUCACCGCAGGCGCCCUCACAAUCCGAGCAGCGGCGCGCCCAGCGUCGUGAGACGGCGGGCCUGGCAGAGGGCCUCGAGGGCAAGUACGUCGAUGAGUUUGGCAACGUCCUCGACUGGGACGGCACCGUCAAGGGACGCGUCGAGGGCGACCUGCCCUCCAUGGUGGGACGCCCCGUCUCCGCCAACGGUGAUGUCCUCGACGCAGAGGGCGAGGUCGUGGGCCACGUCUCGGAGAACCACGACCAGCCGCCCCUCAAGGAGCUCGACGGGGGGCUGCGCGUCGACGAUAUGGGCAACAUUUAUUCGGCAGACGGCAGCAUCAUUGGGAAACUGAAUGAGCCGCCGCCCAAGAAGGCGGACGAGGAGAAGCCUCAGGAGCAGGAGAAGCAGCCAGAGGCAGAGAAGAAGAAGCCGUGCGGCUGCAGUGCGCCACAGCCUGCGUCGGCGCCACGACCCUCUGAGAUUUAUCUCGACGUCAAGUCGACGUUUGAUGGCAUCCAGAUUAUACUCAAGAUCCCCACCAUAUUCAACCAGGAGCAGCAGCAACAGCAGAAGCAGGAAACCAGCCAGAGGGGCGAAGAAAGCAGAAGCAGAAGCAGAAGCAAAAGCAAAAGCAGAAGCAGAGGAAGAAGUAGAAGCAAGGAGCAGGGCCGUGGGGAUGAGCAGGCGAGCUCCAAUGUCACUUGCGAACCAUGA